AUCACGUCCCCGUCUAAUAUCCCCAUAUCCAAGAUGGCGGAAAAAGCAUUCAAACAAGAAAUGCCUCCAAGAGGAGGCUAUGCUUCGAUUAAUAUCGCCAGAAAUUUAAAAACAAGAGGCCCUUCUGGUUUUAUGACCUUUGUGUUAGGCACCGGCAUUAUGCUGGGCGGAUUUCUUGUCGUUAAAUAUGGGAAUAAUAAAAGAAGGUGCAAGCAAAAUUUGAAAUUAUUUUUGAAAUCUGUUGAUUUUACUGUGUCUGUGCCUCAAAUAAUCAUUGUUUUGUGUUGUAGAACAUUAAAAAUGGAGCGGCAAGAAGCAAAAGUGUCCUUAAUCCCACUGAUACAAGCUGAACAGGACAGAAAGUGAGAAAUAUUUUAAUUUUGUUCAAUAUAAAUAAUGUCGAAAUCUGCUGUGUUGGUGUAAAUAAAUGUACUCAGGUGAAUAAGAUGUUUGUGUGAUGUUACUCUGAGUGUAUAUCCACACCGGGCAGGCUUGAAAAAUAUGCCUGGCCACGGCGGGAUUCGAACCUACGACCUUUGGAAUACUAGCCCAAUGUUCUUCUAACUGAGCUACGCGGUCAGGACGGUUCGAGUAUGCGAUAUUUCGGAACUGGGCUAGUAUUCCAAAGGUCGUAGGUUCGAAUCCCGCCGUGGCCAGGCAUAGUUUUCAAGCCUGCCCGGUGUGGAUAUACACUCAGAGUAACAUCACACAAACAUAAAUAAUGUCGUCGUUAUAUAUUUUGUAAUACUGUGUAUUUCCCUCUUCUUUAUAGCAUGAUCCGACAGAUGAAAGAAAAUAUGGAAACUGAGGAAGCCAUAAUGAAACAUGUGAAAGGCUGGAAAGUUGGGGAGAGUGUUUACCAUAAUGAAAGAUGGGUGACACCUCACUCCACUGAACUAGAGAAACUUUAGAACAUUAUUAAUCAUUAUGAAUACUUUAUAAUGUCUAGAUAUUUUAUAUGCUUUAUAUAAUGUCAAGAUGCUUUAUAUAAUGUCUGAUGUUAUUUUUUUCUGUAUGAAAAGAUGUUGAAAUAAGUCGUUUCUGUGUAUAAAA